UGUUUACACCAUUGUCGACUCAUAAACGGUCUAAUCUCUCUUGAUCUAUCGCACCACCUUUUAUAAGUCACUAAAAUCCUUCCCCUUUCCCUAUUUCCAAAAUUAUCCAGCAACAGUAUUUGAUGAAUCUACAGAAAAGAAAUUAGGGUUUUCACCUCUUCGUGGAGCUGCCGACGUGGUUUUCCUUUGGAUCUCGAUGCUCAAUUCCGAUGAGAUUUUAGCGAAAUUCCACCACACAUUCUUUGGGCUUCAUCUCAAGGAUGCAUACUUGUUGUUUUUUAUAGACCGAAAUCCAGUUCCCUGUUAAUAAGGGAUACCUAAUAUGCUUCCCGAUGAAGGGAUUUGUUACGACGUCAUGAAUGAGUUACUGCACUCACUUUCUUACGGUGAAGGAGUCCGAUAUAAGAUAGGGGACGGGGAUGAUGGAAUCUUGAUGGAGGAGUUUGAACUAAUCCAACUUAAAUUUUGAUAUACAGAUGGGUGCUACGACAAAUAUUAUCGUAGGUUCCGAAGUAUGGGUUGAAGACCCAUCAGUUGCUUGGAUAGAUGGAGAGGUGUUAAAAAUAAAUGGAGAGGAAGUUGAGAUCCAAACUACUGAUGGGAAGAAAGUUGUUGCGAAUUUAUCGAAAAUAUAUUCCAAAGAUGUGGAAGCUACUGCUGGUGGAGUUGAUGACAUGACUAAGCUUUCUUAUUUGCAUGAGCCUGGAGUGUUGCAAAAUUUAGCUACCAGAUAUCAGCUGAAUGAAAUAUAUCUAUGGGGGGCUGUGUCAUAAUAUUAUAUCGUAUUCUGACAUAUGGCAGACAUAUACUGGCAACAUCCUUAUCGCUGUUAACCCAUUUAAAAGAUUGCCCCUCUUGUAUGAUGAUAAAAUGAUGCAACGCUACAAAGGAGCAGCAUUUGGGGAGCUAGAUCCUCAUGUUUUUGCAAUUGCAGAUUCUGCUUUUAGGGCAAUGGUUAAUGAAGGAAAAAGCAACUCGAUCUUGGUCAGUGGUGAAAGUGGUGCAGGUAAAACUGAGACUACUAAAAUGCUUAUGCAAUAUCUUGCCUUUUUGGGUGGUCGUAAAGGCACUGAAGGAAGAACUGUUGAACAGCAAAUUCUUGAAUCGAAUCCAGUUCUGGAAGCAUUUGGGAAUGCAAAAACUGUUAGAAAUAACAACUCCAGUCGUUUUGGUAAAUUUGUUGAGAUUCAGUUUGAUAACCAAGGGCGAAUAUCUGGAGCAGCCAUCCGCACAUACCUUCUAGAAAGAUCUCGUGUUUGCCAAAUUUCAGAUCCUGAACGCAACUAUCACUGUUUCUAUCUUCUCUGUGCAGCACCUCCAGAGGAGAUUAAGAAAUAUAAACUGGGAGACCCUAAGUCAUAUCGGUAUCUGAAUCAAUCAAAGUGCUAUGAGCUUGAUGAUGUAAGCGAUGCCCGUGAUUAUCUUGCCACAAGGAGAGCCAUGGCAGUUGUUGGAAUGAAUGAAAAGGAACAGGAUGCAAUUUUCAGAGUUCUGGCUUCAAUUCUCCAUCUUGGAAAUGUUGAAUUUUCAAAAGGGAAAGAGGUUGAUUCCUCCGUCCUCAAAGACGACAAAUCCAAAUUCCAUCUUCAGACCACAUCAGAGUUGCUAAUGUGUGAUUUUAAUGAAAUGGAAGAUGCACUGCUGAAGCGUGUGAUGGUUACCCCUGAAGAAGUUAUCAAGAGAAGUCUUAAUCCUGAGGGUGCAUCUGUUAGUAGAGAUGGUCUAGCAAAGACCUUAUAUUCCCGCUUAUUUGACUGGUUAGUGGAAAAAAUUAAUGUGUCAAUUGGGCAAGAUCCAAAUUCAAGAUAUCUGAUUGGGGUUCUUGACAUAUAUGGUUUUGAGAGCUUUAAAUCUAAUAGUUUUGAACAAUUUUGUAUUAAUUACACUAAUGAGAAGCUGCAACAACAUUUCAACCAGCAUGUAUUCAAGACCGAGCAAGAAGAAUAUACCAAAGAAGCAAUUGACUGGAGCUACAUAGAGUUUAUAGAUAAUAAGGAUGUUCUAGAUCUUAUUGAAAAGAAACCUGGUGGGAUUAUUGCACUACUUGAUGAGGCCUGUAUGUUUCCCAAGUCGACUCACGAAACAUUCUCACAGAAGCUUUAUCAGACAUUCAAAUCUCAUCAACGGUUUUUCAAACCAAAACUGUCUCGCACUGGUUUCACCAUUGCUCACUAUGCAGGAGAGGUUCAAUAUCAAUCUGAGCAGUUUCUAGACAAAAACAAAGAUUAUGUUGUUCCGGAACAUCAAGAUAUGUUGACUGCUUCCAAGUGCCUUUUUAUAUCAGGCCUUUUCCCUCCAUUGGCUGAGGAGACAACCAAAUCAUCAAACAAAUCUUCUAAGUUCUCAUCAAUUGGUUCUCGCUUCAAGUUACAACUUCAGCAGUUGAUGGAAACAUUGAAUUGCACAGAACCCCACUAUAUCAGAUGUGUGAAGCCAAAUAAUUUUCUUAAGCCUGGCAUCUUUGAGAAUGUCAACAUUAUGCAACAAUUACGUUGUGGGGGGGUUCUAGAAGCAAUUCGCAUCAGCUGUGCUGGCUAUCCUACUCGCAAGAGUUUUUCUGAUUUUGUUACCAGAUUCAGCAUUCUUGCUCCCGAGGUUAAAAGUGAGAAUUAUGAUCCGAAGGUUGCCUGCAAAAAGAUCCUGGCCAAAUCAGGGCUUCAGGGAUAUCAGAUAGGGAAAACCAAAGUUUUUCUUAGAGCUGGUCAGAUGGCUGAAUUAGAUGCACGAAAAGCACAGAAGCUUAGCAGCACAGCCAAGAUUAUACAAAGACAGAUAAAAACUUACAUUGCUAGGAAGUAUUUUCUUGCUUUGAGACAGUCUGCUAUUGUCUGGCAGUCAUUUUGCAGAAGAAAGCUUGCAUGUAACGUGUAUCAACACAUGAAAAACAAUGCUGCUACGCUUAAAAUACAGACGUUCUACAGGCGACACCUGUCAAUGAAGACCUAUAACAAACUAAAGCUGUCAGUUGUCCUCUUCCAAGCACGUCUGCGUUCAAUGGUUGCUAGUAAACAUCUCAGAUUCAGAAAACAAAGCAAGGCAGCAACUCGUUUACAAGCCCACUGGCGUGGUUAUAGAGAUUCUUCAUACUAUAAGAAACUGAUAAGUGCAGCAGUUGUUACACAAUGUAGGUGGAAGGGGAGAAUUGCUAGGAAAGAGCUUCGCAAACGAAAGAUGGCGGCAAAGGAAGCUAGUGCACUCCAACUAGUGAAGGAUAAUCUUGAAAAACAAGUGGAAGAGCUCACGUCACGUUUAGAGUCAGAAAAAUGCUUGAAGAUUGAGUUGGAAGAAGCAAAAGAUCGGGAAAUUCUCAAAGUGAAGAACUCCCUGAAAGCCAUGCAAAAAGACGUUGAUGAAGCAAAUUCAUUACUUGUCAAGGAACGAGAGUCUACACAGAAAGCAAUUCAAGAAAAAGAUCAGGAACUUUUGAAAUUACAGAACUCCCUGCAAGCCAUGCAGAAUAAAGCUGAUGAAACAAAUGCAUUGCUUUCCCAGGAACGUGAUUCUGCCCAGAAAGCAAUUCAAGAAGCCAAAGAAGCAAAAGAUGAGGAAAUUUUGAAAUUGCAAAACUCCUUGCAAGCCAUGCAGAGUAAAUUUGAUGAAACCAAUGAAUUGCUUGUUCAGGAACGUGUGUCUGUAGAGAGAGCAAUUGAAGAAGCCAAAAAGGAAAAAGUUCAGGAAAUUCUGGAAUUACAGAACUCCCUGAAAUCCAUUCAGAAUAAAUUCGAAGAAACAAAUGCAUUGCUUCUCAAGGAACGCGAUUCUACACAGAAAGCAAUUCAAGAAACAAAAGAAGCAAAAGAUGAGGAAAUUCUGAAUUUGCAGAACUCCCUGCAAGCUAUGCAGAGUAAACUCGAUGAAACAAAUGUGUUUCUUGUCAAGGAACGUGAGUCUGCACAGAAAGCAAUCGAAGAAGUAAAAGCAGCAAAAGAUGAGGAAGUUCUGAAUUUGCAAAACUCCAUGCAAGCUAUGCAGAAUAAAAUUGAUGAAACAAAUGCAUUGCUUGUUAAGGAACGGGAGUCUGCACGGAAAGCAAUUGAAGAAGCAUCCUCAGUUGUCAAAGAAAUUCCAGUUCGUGUAGAAGACACACAAAAGAUUGCUAGUUUGACUUCAGAAGUUAAAAACUUGAAGGCUUUAUCAGAGUGGGAAAGACAAAGGGCAGAUGAAUCUGAUAGGAAGUGUACUGAAGCUCUGGAAUCAAGUGAGUAUAAGCGGAUGCAGUUAGAAGAAACUGAAAGAAGAGUGCUUCAACUUCAGGAAUCUUUGGAUAGGCUGGAGGAGAAGCUGGCUGACAUUGAGUCACAUAAUCCAGGUCUUCAUCAGCAGCAGCCGGGUUCAGCAUCAGCAUCACCACUGCCACAGAUUAAGAAACUCCAGGAAGGACACUCAAGGUCCUUUAAGGAUCGACAUAGCUGUGCAAGUGCAACACACUCAAGAGAAAACUCGGAUGUAGAGGAGGGAGUAAAGAAGUGUGGUGAUGAUCAGAAACAGGAAUGCCAGGAUCUGGUGAAUCGAUGCAUUGCACAACGGAUGGGAUUUCCCAAUGGCAGACCCAUUGCUGCUUGCAUCAUAUACAAAUGUCUAAGGAAAUGGCGAUCCUUUGAAGCUGAAAAAACCACCAUUUUUGAUCGCAUAAUCCAAGCCAUAGGCCGAUCCAUUGAGGCACAAGACAACAGUGAUGUUUUAGCUUAUUGGUUAUCCAAUGCAUCAACACUGCUGCUGCUGUUACAGCAUACACUCAAAGCUAGUGGGGAUCAGCCACAUCAUCGACGCCCAAGAUCAGGUCCUCUACUAGUAAAAAGGAAUCAGAGCUUUCGUGGAAGUGGAAGUGGAAGUCCUCAUGGUGUAGCAAUUUCUAUAAACGAUAUUGGUGAUAGCUCACCUGGCGGAAGCCAGCUUGAACCCAAAUACCCUGCUUUGCUUUUCAAGCAGCAACUGACAGCAUAUGUUGAAAAAACAUACGGCUUGAUACGCGAUAAUUUAAAAAGAGAAAUAUCUCCAUUACUUGGCUUGUGCAUUCAGGCACCAAGAAUUUCCAAAGCAAACUUGUCAAAGGGGGCAGCUCGUGCACUAGCAAAUGCUGCUUCUCAUGAGAUUUUGCUUGCUCAGUGGCAAGGAAUCGUCACAAAAAUUGGAUGCUUGCUAAACACAUUGAAGGCUAAUUUUGUACCUUCGUUUUUGAUUCGCCAAGUGUUCACACAGAUAUUUGCUUUCAUCAACGUCCAGUUAUUCAACAGCCUUCUACUGAGACGCGAAUGCUGCUCUUAUAGUAAUGGAGAAUACGUAAGAUCAGGAUUGGCUAUAUUGGAACUCUGGUGCCUCAAGGCAACUGACGAGUAUGCUGGAUCGGCUUGGGAUGAGCUGAAGCACAUACGACAAGCUAUUGCAUUCCUGGUUACCCAGCAAAAGCCAAAGAGGACGCUGCAUGAAAUAAGUUAUGAUCUGUGUCCUAUGCUUAGUAUACAACAGCUAUACAGAAUCAGUACAAUGUAUUGGGAUGACAAAAAUGGCACGCAUAGCCUUUCGCCUGAAGUUAUUUCUAACAUGAGGAUCCUAAUGACCCAAGAUUCCAAUAAUGCCAUCGCCAAUAACUCCUUCUUGCUUGAUGAUGAUUCAAGUAUACCGUUCUCGACAGAUGAGCUGACGAGAUCAAUGGAUCCGAUUGGUGUAUCGGAUAUUGACCUCCGCUCCUUCGUUUCAACUCCGGUUUCAGUUUCAGUUUCUUGCAGUGUCCUAGGUAUCGAUUCUUUUGUAUGAUUAAUUAGCAUUAGUUAUUAUAAGCUGUAGUACAGUUGUGUUGUGUAAUCAAUUAAUAGGGGUUUUGAAUUUCUAACCACACACAUCCCACUCGUAUACUAUUUCCAGUUUUGUAGAUCUUUAUAUCUAGCCACUUGAUAAAACUUCUCUAGAGUUCAUUGUCGAUGACUAAAUACUAAAUAGUAACACACCUAUGACCC